AUGGACUUCAGCAGCGAGCAGCAGGUUGCAGCCGAAGACGAGGCGGCAGGCACGUCGGCCUCAGAGGGGCUGGAGGAGGGGGAGGUGGAGGGGGAGACGCUGCUGAUCGUGGAGUCGGAGGACCAGGGCUCUGUGGACCUAUCGCAUGAUCAGAGCGGAGACUCUCUGACAAGCGAUGUGGGCGAGGAGACGGAUGGAGGCUGGGCUUGCGAGGACAUGUCCUUCUACUGUGACCGCUGCCACAAGUGGAUCCCUGCAGCUCAGCUCCGUGGCGAGCAGCCCAGUUACCUGAAAGGAGACAACUUUUUUAAAUUCCUGUGCUCCGAAUGUUCAGAAGAUGGGAAGGAAAGCUUUGAGAGGAUGAGGCUCACCUGGCAGCAGGUGGUGAUGUUGGCCAUGUAUAACCUGUCUCUGGAAGGAACCGGACGGCAGGGAUACUUCAGGUGGAAGGAGGACAUCUGUGCCUUCAUUGGUCGACACUGGAACUUCCUGUUGGGAAACAGGAAGAAGACGUCCACAUGGUGGAGCACGGUCGCCGGCUGCCUGUCGGUCGGAAGCCCCACCUUCUUCCGCUCUGGAGCACAGGAGUUUGGAGAACCUGGCUGGUGGAAGCUGGUCCAGAACAGACCUCCCACCCUGAGACCAGAUGGAGACAAAUCCAGCACAAAGGCCAAAGCUUCCAGGCCGCCCAUGGAUCCCAUCAUCACCGUAGAAGGGCUGAGGAAGCGUGGAGCCAGAAAUCCAGUGGAGAACGCCAUGCAGCUGAAAGAGAAGCGUUCCCGUACACAGGAGGCCAAAGACAUCCGGCGUGCUCAGAAGGAGGCAGCGGGCGGCUACACGGACCGCAGCACUUCCUCCACGCCUGUCAAGCUAGGAGUCUGUAGGGGCGGGCGGCGUCCGGAUCUGGUCCUGGAGAGAGGCGAGGUCAUUGACUUCUCAUCCCUCAGCUCCUCAGACCGAACGCCGCUCACCAGUCCGUCUCCAUCACCGUCACCCGACUUCUCUGGGCCAGGAACGCCUGCCUCCCAUUCAGCCACACCUAGCUUGCUCUCUGAGGCGGACCUCAUCCCUGACGCUAUGCCUCCUCAGGCGCUGUUCCAUGAUGAUGAGGAGAUGGAGACAGAGGGGAUGAUUGACCCGGGGAUGGAGUACAUCCCUCCACCAAACGUCAGCCACACUGGUCAGAAGAAGCUCCGCCCACCGCAGUCUCUCAUCAAACGGGAAGCUGAGAGUGAGAACGAUGACGGCCAGGAGCACGAUGACCGCUUUCAAGAACCAGUGGGCUGCAGUGAGGCUCCGCCUCCUUCUUCUCGGGGGGCGGGAAGUGUCGGGGCAGCAGAGCGGCGGAAGAUGAUUGUUCCUGAGAAAUCCGACAGACACGCCACCCUUCGAAGUCCCCACUUCUCCAGCCUCAGCCUGUACGAGGAGCGGCUGCUGCUGCGACGGCUGGACGCUUGCCCGCUGGCGCUAGCCGUCACGGCGCAGGCCAAACGCCUCCGCAGGAAGCUGUUGGUCCGUCAGGCCAAACGCCAGAGAGGGCUCCCCCUGCUGGACAUUGACCGAGCUGUCAGCGCUGCUCUUAGCCUGGUGGGAGGGAUCUACGGCAUGCAGGAGGUGAAGUCACGAGUUGUGGGUGGAGUCAAUGGGAAGUACUGCACCAGCAGCCAGGAGCAGCGGAUUCUGGAUCGCUUUCAGACCAACUUCUCGAGCAGAAUAGGUGUCCAGCAGCACUCUGUGUCCUUUUGGCAUCGUCUGAUGGGAGCUGAAGGUAGUUUGGAGCAGAACAUCAAGAGUCCAUACACAGCGCGCAUUUUGAAACCGUUCAUCAGGAGGGAUUUCGAGUCUCAGCCCCUGAAGCUCCGCCUUCUGGCUGAGAUCAGGGCGUAUCCUCACAGGAAGGAUCCGGACUGGAUUCCUAAACCCGACGCUCCGAUCGAUUACUGCUACGUCCGUCCGAACCAUAUCCCCUCUGUCAACGCCAUGUGCCAUGACAGCUUCUGGCCAGGUGUGGACCUGUCUGAGUGCCUUCAGUACCCAGACUUCAGCGUGGUCGUCCUCUAUAAGAAGGUGGUGGUUGGCUUUGGAUUCAUGGUGCCGGACGUGAAGUACAAUGAAGCGUACAUCUCCUUCCUGUUGGUCCAUCCUGAGUGGAGGAGAGCUGGGAUUGGGACCUUCAUGAUCUACCAUCUGAUCCAGACAUGCAUGGGGAAAGACGUGACGCUGCACGUUUCGGCCAGUAACCCGGCCAUGCUGCUCUACCAGAAGUUUGGCUUCAAAGCUGAGGAGUACAUCCUGGACUUCUACGACAAAUAUUACCCUGUGGACAGCAGUGAAUGCCGGCACGCCUUCUACCUGCGACUGAGACGCUGAAACGUGGAGCCGUGGUGCUGGUCGGAUAUCUUCCAUGAUGUUCUGCUGUAAACUGGUUUUACUUCUGCUCUGUUCUGAAUAAAAGACUUCUGUUCAUGG